CACCUGCCCGCCCCCCGCCCGCCAUGGCCUUCACCUUCGCCGCCUUCUGCUACAUGCUCACGCUGGUCCUCUGCGCCUCGCUCAUCUUCUUCGUCAUCUGGCAUAUAAUCGCCUUUGACGAAUUGCACAUAGAUUUUAAGAACCCCAUCGACCAGGGCAAUCCAGCCAGGGCAAGAGAAAGGUUGAAAAAUAUCGAACGCAUCUGUUGCCUUUUGCGAAAGCUCGUGGUCCCCGAAUACUCUAUCCAUGGCCUUUUCUGUCUGAUGUUUCUCUGUGCAGCUGAAUGGGUGACUUUGGGACUGAAUAUUCCCCUGCUGUUCUACCAUUUGUGGAGGUACUUUCACCGCCCAGCAGAUGGUUCAGAAGUGAUGUACGAUGCCGUUUCCAUCAUGAAUGCUGACAUCUUAAAUUAUUGCCAGAAGGAAUCAUGGUGCAAACUGGCUUUUUAUUUGUUGUCCUUCUUCUAUUACCUGUACAGUAUGGUUUAUACGCUGGUGAGUUUCUAAUCGAGCCAACCAAAGGGGCAGGACCCUCCAGACAGUCCCCUUUAGGUCCUCUGGGAUGGAUCCACCCCCCCUUCCUCCUGGAUCCUGAAAAGAGAGGCCGAGCUGGACCCACCCACGCCUGAAGCUGGUAAAGCCGGAAGCCUGCCACCGUCUUCAAGAGGUGGGGCCGUGAUUCUGCUUUCCCGUCCUGCGUUCCAGAAAACAUCCCCCGGUUACGCAUUGGGAGAACGAACACCAGCACCCUCCCCACGGCUGGACACUUCCCGUUGCAUCCCUCCUAAAUUUGGGGGGAAGUCUGCAAGUGGAUUUGGGGUGCAGAAGGGGCCUGGGGAGGGCAAAAGGUGGGCGUCAUCUCUGCCUCCCAUUUAACACGGGGCAGACCCCUUCUCCCACUCCAUCUUCGCCCCUGGGUUGGACUGAUUCCUGCCUUGCC